CACAACAUGAACAGCAUCAGUUUCUUGAAUCAGAAACAACAAGAUGAUCUGCUACAAGCUCUGCAUUUUCAUCUAUUUGGUGGUCGUUGGCUACUCCAACCCAAUACCGCCAUCUACUGAUAAAGAAGAGGUGACCGAGGUGACAGGACCGCUGAAUGAAGAGAAAUUCUGUGACUUUCCUGAUGUUGCAGAGUACAGAUUUCUAGGCCGCAAAUGGAACAAACUUGACCUGACCUACAGAAUUGUGAACUACACAUCUAAAUGGAGCAAUGCCAAUGUGGAUUCUGGAAUUGCAAAAGCCGUACAAUGGUGGUCUGAUGUUACUCCCCUCAAAUUCACUCGUAUCUUCAGUGGAAACGCUGAUAUUAUGAUUGGGUUUGUUUAUAGAGACCAUGGUGACAAACCCUUUUUAGUAAAUACUUCAAUACUAGCUCAUGGGUCCUUGCCAGAUCUUUAUCCUUACAGUUAUAUCCAUUUUAAUGAUGAAAAAGUAUCUUCCUACAGUGAGGAUUGGCUGAAGUUUGUAACUGUGACUGCCCAUGAGUUUGGCCACGUGUUAGGUCUUCAUGAUUCCUGGAAUAAUAAUGCGGUGAUGUUUGGUACACUUGGAGGAAGAAGAAUUGAUUGCCUCAAAUCUGAUGACAUCAAGGGUAUCCAGACACUUUAUGGUGCUAACCCGGAUGAAACACUUCUUCCACAAUGUUAAGAAGUUUGAUUUUUACGACGACAAGUUGAUCCGUGUCCUGAACAACAACAAUUUUCUGCGCUGUUAGUCUGUUGAGUUUUUCACAGCACAGCAAUGCUCUG